AUGUUUAAUUAUUAUAACUAAAAAGAAAAAAAUGCAGUAGAAACAUUAUUGAAUUUGGGACAUACUGAAGAUUCUUUGCAUGAAAUUGAUUAUGAUAAAGAAAUCAAAAAACUUUUAAGAAGAACUUAAUCUAAUUCUUUAGCCGAGGCUAGAAAAAUAAUUAUAAAUUUAACUUAGACUAACUUAUCUACUCCAUAAAAUCCUUUUAGUAAUUUAAAUAGUCCUGCUAAUGAUUCUAGAUGUAGAACUGAAUUAAGAACCAUGUCACUUUAUAGAAAUUAAGAUAAAGUUCUUGCUCCAUUAAUUUAGUAACAUAAAUUUGUUAUUACAUAAAUCAAAACCAAUAGAAUCAGACAUUCAUCUGAAUAUAAAACUGCCUAAGUUUAAACAGUGUAAGUAGCUUCAACUUUAUAAGAAUUUAAUUUUAAUUUCUUUGAAAAAAAUUCUAAUAUUUAAUCUAAAAAAUUAACCAAAUCAUAGCCUAAAUAUUUUUUAAGAUUUAAGAAAAGAUAACUUUGA